AUGGACAAUUUAGCAUUUGAAAUGCAAGAAGAUGGAACACAGAAAGCUUCAUCUAUGGGAAAGAGCAGUAUUUCCUCCAAAGUGGAAAAGAAGAGGCAGUGGUCACUGCUGAGCAUUUUCCUGCUGUGCCUGCUGGCCUGCUUCAUCACCACAGCAGUGGGAGCACUUACUCUCUCCCUGGUUUACAUCAAUGCCAAGCCUCACUUUGAGCAGGAAGCCUCACCUCCGCACACAAUGGUUCCCCAAGGACAGAAGGCUAUUGAUCCAAAAUUUCAGUUUCUUAAUCAUUUACCCAAAUCCCAGGUGUUUGAGUUCCCUGGUGGUGCAAUCCAGUGGGCGAGGUACAGGAACAACAUCAACGACUAUCUCAGUGAUGAAGAAGAGGCAUUUGGCACCAGCUUGAACAGUCUGAGAUCACAGAUGACUCUGGGGACACUGAGAAUAAAAAGCAAGGGCCUCCGGGCUCCUCACUGGCACUUCAAUGCUAACGAACAUGGCUAUCUCGUGCAGGGGACGGCAUGGGUCGGAGUGGUUGAUGAUGAUGGUGAGGUCGCUACCACAUACAAUGUUACAGCUGGCCAAGUGAUCUUCUUUCCUCAAAAUACGCUACACUGGAUAAAGAACGUGGGUCAUGAAGACUGCUUCUUCUUGCUCUUCUUUUCCACACAUGAUGAGCUGCAGACUCUAGAUCUAGAUGAUGCGUUUUUCUCUACACCUGAAGACAUUGCUUCCAGGUCACUUAAGCCUGAAGGUGGAAUUAAUUUCAUUAGAAAAUUCCAGAAGCAAACAGAGGAUCAGGGGGUCAAUCUUCCUCCCAACUUGGCAGAGCUAGUUACAAAUGCUACUUAUGUACAGUCUCCUGACAGCAUUGUGUGGAGAUAUUUUUUUGACCUUAAAGGUUCAAAAGAAUAUAAGUUUCCAGGGGGAGUCAUCCAGCUAGCACAGUAUUGGAAGGAUGCACAUGAAUUAAACAGCAAUGAAAAAAUUUUCAAUGAGUUUAUACAUCAGCAUCAAAAUAUCCUCGCAUUGAGUACACUCAGGAUUUAUAAUAAUGGAUUAAGACAGCCACAUUUUCAUUUCAAUGCAAAUGAAAUGGGAUAUGUAGUGAGUGGAUGUGGAAAGAGAGUAUUUGAUUUUGAUGAUCACCUUUGUGGUCAAGCUCUAUACACCAAGCUAUGUAGUAUGUUACUAUAG